CCCCGCGGACGCCACAAUUUACGGGACAAAGCGCGCAACGCUCGCAGAAGCUGGGCCCUCAACAUCAAAACUGCUUGACCUGGAUCUGAUUUUCCCGCAAUAACAUGUAGGAUGCGAAUGGACCGCUUUGCGCUCUUUGUUCAGGUUUUGGAACUGGGUUGCUGAUAGUAAUGGCACUCGCACCUGCCCUCGGCAACGUGUUCUCGCUAAAUGACGGAACCACAAGCAGGGCUGUCUUCUUAUUUAGGACGAUGGCUCUUUGUGAGGAGUUUCUUUCCUUCCCUUGACUGUGCUCCGCUUCAUCCUUGACUGUGGCCCGCGCGCGCGUUCGCGCAAGCUCAGGCCCGGGCAUGUCUGAGACAUCGCGAUCUCCCAGUUCAGCCACAUCGCACUCCUCGUCGGCGCCUAGUCCUCCAUCGACAUCGACAUCGUCGCCCUCACCCCGGGUCCAUAUCCGCAUCCCAAGUUCGAUCCUCCCCGUUCCUACGAUUCCUCGAGCAAAGUCAAAUAAGAAGUCGCAUGCGCGCAAGCAGCCGGUUGGCCACAUCCCCCGACCGCGAAAUGCCUUUAUCCUCUUUCGCUGCGACUAUUCGCAGCAGAAUCCGCACAAGACUAAAGACUGUGACCAAAACAGCGUGUCGCGGGUUGUGGGCAAACUGUGGCGCAAUAUGACCGACGAACAGCGCCGGCCGUGGAUUCAGCUCGCUGCUGCCGAGAAAAAGAAACACGAAUACGAGUAUCCGUCUUACAAGUACAUGCCACGCAACAGAAAGGUGGCCCACUUCACCGAGGCAGCUGUCGUCAAGCAGAUCAUGCACGAGGCGAAGCGGAUGGUCAAAGCAGAGGUAGAUGCUGAAAGACCCAGUCUGACUCAAGACGACAUCGUCGAUAUAUUCUAUCCGCCGUGGGCCUCCAAGCAUCCAGCGCCGACUCGCCGAACCACUUCUUCUCCACCACCAGACGCUGUGCGCAUUGAAUUAUACACCCCAGAGCUGGAGGAAGAGAUGCGGCGUGCAUCUGAACCAGAGCGUCCUUGGGAGAUUGUCGCGGACCGUAUCGCCUCAUCCACAAUUCUUCCGGUCUACCCAUCGGCAGGGACGAGCGGGUGGGGCGGAGAACAGUUGUCCAUCGAGGAAUACCGGCAGAUCAAUCAUUGGCCCCCUCUACUCAAGAUGGCAGAGGACGAAUACGCGCCAUCGACAAAGACUGCGACGGACAAUGCCCCAGGCAUGUCGAGUUUCCCAGAAGACUUUUUAUCGGAAUACCAGAGUGUGUUGCGAGCUUCUCGCGACUCCUCUCUGCGCACUACUUACAAGUUUGACUAUGACGAACGUUCAGGCGUAUGGUAGUCGCUGUGUUUCAUUUAAUCAGUACUUUCGCAUCGGAUUCGGAAUCCAUCAUGUACCAUCACCCCACACCCAUUCUCUUUCAUGAUUUGUAUGUUGCUACGCCGAAAUCAUGCUUCUCAUGAUCAAAUCUCUGCACGGCUUGCUCCAAUCCUCGUCCAUGGCUGUGUUGGACGACGUGCGUACAACUGCAGAUCGUCUGAGCUUUGCUGUCCCGGCGGAACACGAGGCUGACUACCUCGCGCUGUUAAGCGCGACCGACAUCGCAGCGCAGGCUGUCUUAUCUCAGCCAGAUUAUCAGCCACUGCCUGAGCUGAGCGCGUACCCCCGUACUGACGUUCAUAGACCUGACCCCGAGGCGAACCGGUACAGAGCAUGGGCCUGGAAAGUGUCCAUAAACGGAAAGCGCGGAGGAGUGCUCGAUGGCAAGACCGUGUGUCUCAAGGAUACGAUCUGCGUUGCAGAUGUGCCUCAGUUGUUCGGCUCGAACGCAAUUUCACGCGGUUUCAGACCCAUCUCGGAUGCGACUGUGGUUACACGGGUCCUCGAUCAAGGAGGACUGAUUGUCGGAAAGGCAAUGUGCGAGAACUUCUCGCACGGUCCUUGCUCCCACUCGACACCAUUUGGGCCCGUCGAAAAUCCGUACGCAGCAGGUUUCAGCGCCGGUGGAUCGAGCUCGGGUUGCGGCGCUCUCAUCGGUUCUGGAGAAGUCGACAUGGGAAUUGGGGGAGACCAGGGUGGAAGCAUCAGAAUUCCAGCAGCGCAUUGCGGCCUGGUGGGUCUGAAGCCCAGUUUCGGUCUCGUUCCAUACACUGGAGUGUUGUCUUCGGAACCGACAGUCGAUACAGUAGGCCCAAUGGCGCGCACCGCUCUGGACGCUGCUCGAUUACUCGAAGCCAUCGCAGGGUCAGAUGGAAUUGACGAUCGACAGCUGGGCGCCCCGUCUCGAUCAGAGGUAAUGCCGUAUGCACAAUCAGUACUGGACAGCCGCAAAGUUGGCAUUCAAGGUCUCCGAAUCGGAGUCUUGAAGGAAGGAUUCGCGUCAUCCCAUCUCCACUCGGGUGUGAACCAGAGAUGUCGAGCUGCGAUACACCAUCUUGCCGAGAUGAGUGCGAUCGUUGAGGACGUCUCUGUCCCGCUGUAGGUCAAGCUUUGUCUCGGAAGAACGCCAAUGAAAGAGACGAACAGACAUUCAAUGGCCCCUGCUAUAAACCAUGUGAUCAACAAGUUCGGAUCGGCCCAGACGAGGCAAGGUCGGCAGGUCGGUCGAAGAGGGUUGUAUAUCAACGAGUUCUGGGACGAGCUGUUGCCCUGGACACAGGAGAAGCUGGAGGCGGCAGGCUAUUAUGUGACGGGAACAGCCAUGAGCGGGGAAUACGGCUGGUCCCGCUACCCUACAGCUUAUGGUCGAGCAACAAAUCUCGCUCGAAAACUGCGCGAUGCAUUCGACAUGGCAUUGGCAUCUUGCGAUGUCCUGGUCAUGCCCACCCUUCCUCAACCGGCACGGCGGCAUCCGAGCGAUGGAGCAGGCCCCUUGGCCUGGACGGAGGUCGCUCCUGGGAUAACAAACAACACAGCAGCAUUCAAUCUGACAGGCCAUCCUAGUAUCACAUUCCCUGUCGGUUUCGUCGAGCCCAUGGAGCAAGAUAUACAGAGCGAUGAAGACGCUGGGAUAAAGCUUCCAUGCGGCCUGAUGCUAGUCGGAAAGAUGUGGGAUGAGACGAUGCUCUUCCAGAUCGCUGAUGCCUUUGAGAUGAAGUUCGACUGGCGAAGUUUGUGAAAGACCAAUAAUACAUAUUUUCAA